AUAUGAGAGGUCUGACUGUACUUGACUGUAAAUUACAGUCUGUAAUACAUUUGUCACCAAGUUUUUAAAAUCAGUUUAACAACGACAAUCAUCAUGAUUAGAUCAAUUGUGUUCGUUAUCUUAAUUAUUAAUUCAUUUUCUUUAAUCAAUUGUGAUGAAAACCUAACCAAUCCAUUUUUGAUUUAUACUAACUUUUGUUCAAUGGUGAAAAACUCUACAAUAGCACCUAUUGAGAGUUUGUGUAUAUCUUACGUUGGACUUGCAAAAACUCUUGAGGAUCUAUCACCCAAAAAUGAGUACGAUUUGUUGACCGAUUGCAAAAAAACACUUUCACCCAGUGAAUUAAAUAAAGUAAUUGAGUCUUGUUCUAAGCCUCACACGGAAGCGUCCAUAAAUAAGGGAGUAGACUGCCUCAAGAAAUUUGGUAAUUCCAAGAAGUUUUUGAGUAAGAAGCCGUUGGAUGCAAUCCUUUCCUUUAAAAAGACUCCUCAAGUAGAAGUUUGUCUUAAAGCCUAAUUAGUAAAGGUAAUCAACAGUAAUUUUCAAACUUUAUUUGUUUUUCUCUCUCUCUCUCUCUUUCUCUUGAUUCAAUGAUUUAACCUGUGAAAGUGAUACACCAACUAACGAUGAAUCAAUUCAACGUAUCUUUGUUGCACAAUCUUCACAUACAAGUCAAAUUUAAUUGUUCCAAUGAUAAUUAUGAUAUAAUAUUAAAACACGUUAAUUGAAAUUUUUCUUCAAUUUUGUUUGUUCGCAAACAUUCAACCAAACGUAUGGUAAACAAUUAAGGAUUUAACUCAAUUUUCACUUCAAAUAUA